GGCCCCUCCGUAGCAAUCGAUUGAAACAUCAGCAUAAUGUUGUCCACCGCCAGAUCAAGAGCCGUAUGGCAAAUUUCUCGCAGAGUUCAGAUCUCAGCCAGACGAACCUACGCAUUUUCCGCAAACGAUCAACAAGAAAUUAAUGACCCAAAUUCUCCAAAGAAAGUUCCCAAUGUCUCGAAAUCCAACGAGUUGCCGAUGGAGUCUCACGUCCAGGAUAAGCCAUUGCAGGAGAGUGUAGAGACUGCCGAAAAGUUCAGGGUUAUGCAGGCACCAAAUAGAGAGGGGAAAUGGUCGCGAAGUCAGAAUCCUAGGGAGAAGGCAAUGUCUGGACCCAGGUUUGAGCAGACCAUUAUGGAAAUGCAGCCAGCACCGCAAUCAGCAAUUAGCUUGAUUCACCAACAACCAGUGCGAUGGACGCACGAUCGUAUUGUGGCAUGCGAUGGAGGUGGAGGAGCAUUGGGACACCCAAGAAUCUUCAUCAAUACUGACAAGCCUGAGAUUUGCAACUGCACAUACUGCGGAUUACCGUUCGCCAAUGAACAUCACCGAGCACACCUUGAAUCUCUUCCAGAAACCGCAUACCCUCUUGAGGCAUAAGCUCAUCCUGCGGAAGUUCAUGAAUCACAACGCAUCACAGAUGGAGGAUUGGUCAACGAUAAACUGUUCAUAGAUGGGGGAGUUUAUUGAUGACAAUUAGUGUAAAUACCACGCAAUGAGAAUUAUAAGCA